AUGCGUAAACCGUCGCUGGCCCAGAUCGUUUAUAACGCCACGUUUCCACGACCUCGCACAAACGAACCGGGGUCGUUUGCUGCUCACAUUACCCGAAAUCUCGUCCCUGAAGUGCGCGUCGAGACAUCUCAUUUCUACGGUUCGCUAGACUGCAUCGAAGCGCAAUACCCAGGGCUGGACUACUCCUACGGGCCGCAUCGCAUGCGACUGAGUCGCUUCCCAUGGCAUCGCAGAUUAUUCCGAGUCUUUGAUGAGCUCAAAUUAACCGAGGAGGAGAUCUCCGACCUGUGCCGAUGGGAAGGGACCAAGUCAGCGCGACAACGGUACGAGGCUGAAGAAGGGACCAAAGUGCGGGACACCACUGCCCAGUCGAUCCGACCAGCAUCACCCCUACCGUUUCCCUCCAUCGAGGUCCACUACUUCGACGACUUCUGCAGGGCAGAGGACCAGGAUCAGAUAAUCGAGACCCAGAGUAACGACACCGUCCGUCCAAGCGCUUCUCGCACCCCGAGCACUCACUCCUCCGACAGAGCAGAGCACGAGGUCGAGGAGGAAUACAGUGACGAGGAAAUGGAGAGCUGCGGUGUUGCACUGAACAACCGGCUUCUCGCCGCAAUGGCUGCGCGCGACCAAGGGGCCGAUGUGCCUCUCGACGAGGACUGGGAACAAUGGCUGAAGGAGGCUGGAGAACGCGGCGGAUACGGCGACAUGGUUCAUGCCAUUCGUGCAAACCAACCCUUGAGCUUCGGCUCUGAUACGCGCACUCAGCGCCAUCGUAAUGGGGCUCGUGUUGUGUCGAUCGCUGCGUCUCUUCCUGAUUCAUACCUGUUCUCGCUGCCAGAAGACAUCCUUGCAAGCCCGGCCCUUCCACCUACCUCCAAUCCUGCUUCUGGCACGGCUCGAUGA